AAAAAAAACACCCUGAAUGCUAUGAAAACACAGUGGAGCAACUGAAGCAACUCUCCUCCCUUCUUCCAAAAAUAUCCACAAAUCUCUCUCAAAAUCGAACAUAAAAUAACGAGAGAAAUUUGAAAUUUCAUUUUUAUUUUUGAAAAUUUAAUUAUUUUGGUUGUGGAAAAUGGCAGAAGGGAGAGUAGUAGAUCUAGACGGAAAUCCAAUAAAGGCGAUAACAAUAUGUAUGAUCGGUGCCGGUGGUUUCAUUGGGUCCCACUUAUGCGAGAAACUAAUGUCUGAAACGCAGCACACAGUGCUUGCCGUGGAUGUAUACAGUGAUAAAAUAAAGCAUUUACUUGAACCUGGUGAAUUUCCUUGGACAGGUCGUAUACAGUUUCAUCGAAUUAAUAUUAAGAAUGAUUCACGUCUUGAAGGACUCAUCAAAAUGGCAGAUCUGGUUGUAAAUCUUGCUGCGAUCUGCACUCCAGCUGAUUAUAAUACACGUCCACUUGACACAAUCUAUAGCAACUUCAUUGAUGCUCUACCAGUGGUUAAGUACUGCUCGGAAAAUGGAAAGCGUCUCAUUCACUUCUCCACUUGUGAAGUUUAUGGGAAAACCAUAGGUGCCUUUUUACCCCAAGACAGCCCAUUGAAGCAGGAUCCUGCUUAUUAUCUUCUUUCGGAAGAUGCAUCUCCUUGCAUUUUUGGACCUAUUGAGAAGCAAAGGUGGUCCUAUGCCUGUGCGAAACAAUUGAUUGAGAGAUUGAUCUAUGCUGAGGGUGCUGAGAAUGGUUUAGAGUUCACCAUUGUUAGGCCCUUCAAUUGGAUUGGUCCCAGAAUGGAUUUUAUACCUGGGAUUGAUGGUCCUAGUGAAGGUGUUCCAAGAGUGUUGGCCUGCUUUAGUAAUAACCUUUUAAGACAUGAACCACUAAAACUAGUGGACGGUGGACACUCGCAGAGAACCUUCAUAUAUAUCAAGGAUGCUAUUGAAGCUGUUCUUCUGAUGAUAGAAAAUCCUGCACGGGCCAAUGGCCACAUCUUUAAUGUGGGCAAUCCUAAUAAUGAAGUUACUGUCCGGCAGCUAGCUGAAAUGAUGACUCAGGUGUACUCAAAGGUGAGUGGAGAAUCUUCUCUUGAAACACCCACCGUUGAUGUAAGUUCUAAAGAAUUUUAUGGCGAGGGGUAUGAUGACAGUGACAAGCGAAUUCCAGACAUGACCAUAAUUAACAGACAGCUUGGUUGGAAUCCCAAGACAUCCCUAUGGGACUUGCUUGAAUCGACACUCACAUACCAACAUAGGACAUACGCUGAGGCUGUCAAGCAGGCGAUGUCAAAGACAACUGCAAACUGAAUGGAAGUCGGAGCAGUGAUUUAGCGUGUGCUUCAUGUUGCCAGGCUUUCGUAUUCUUUUGAGGAAUCUUCGUCUACUCGGUUCGACUUCAUACACGUUAUUCUUUUUGUCAUCCUAUAAUCUUUCACAGCCAUAAGCAUAUGUUAUUCACUAGGAAAUUAUGUCAUAUGUUGGUGUAAUGUCAUUAGAGCCUUAGCUACAACAGUUAUCGGCACAUUAGUCAAAAGGAAGCUUACAGUCUGCUCAUAAAGUUUUGUUGUCGUUAUAUUAUCACUCUUCGGUAUGGAAGCAUGUUGUAUCAUUCCACUGAGAUUUUCCUAAAUUAUUAUAAUCUAUUCAUCUGAUUAAGUUGUUCUUUUUCA